AAAAACAACAAGUUGUCACCCGGACGGAAUUUGUCGGCGCACCGGAAACGUCCUUCCAACUCACCGCUCCUGCAUCAUCAAAACCCGAGCAGAGAAAGUUUUUAAAGUUUGUAAUCGGUCUCAAACCGGACAGGUGACAGCGUUUUGGCCUCCAGCAGGAUGAUUUUACUGACGAUGAUCGCCCGGCUGGCGGACGGCCUGCCGCUGGCCGCGUCCGUUCAGGAGGACGAGCAGUCAGGAAGAGACCUGCAGCAGCACCAGAGCCAGGCCAAGCAGCUGUGCCGCAGACUAAACGCUCAGAGUCCAGAUCGCUGCACGCUGGAGGCCGGAGAACUCAGCUUUCAUUAUUUCAUCGCGCAGGGUGUGUGCUACCUGACCCUCUGCGAGGCCUCCUUUCCUAAAAAGAUGGCGUUUGCCUAUCUGGAGGCUCUUCACACCGAGUUCUACGACCAGUAUGGAAGAAGAGUUCCCACAGUGACCAGACCGUACACUUUCAUCGAGUUUGACACUUACAUCCAGAAAACGAAGAAGUCGUAUGUGGACAGCCGGGCUCGGAGGAACCUGGGCAGCAUCAACACGGAGCUGCAGGACGUGCAGAGGAUCAUGGUGGCCAACAUCGAAGAGGUCCUGCAGAGAGGAGAGGCUCUCUCCGCUCUCGACACAAAGGCCAGCAACCUGUCCACCCUGUCGAAGAAGUACCGCAGCGACGCCAAAUACCUCAACACCCGCUCCACCUACGCCAAGGUGGCCGCCGUGGCCGUCUUCUUCAUCACGCUCAUCGUCUACGUGCGUUUCUGGUGGCUCUGAUCAACCAAGGGCUGAAGCCAUGUCUGGAACACUAAAGGUGCCUCGAGUCGGAGUUUAAUCGUCCAGCUGUAACUGAGCCCCGGGCCUCGGAUGGUCCUCCUGGAGGAAACUGUUUCAUGGCGAGUUUAAACGUUACUGGAACGUGUUUGUUUGCUGCAAAGAACAAGAUGUUGACAGAUUUCUGAGUUUACACACUGGUGAAGGGGACUUUUUCCAAGACUGUCGGCUUUAAUCACAGCCUUAAUUCUGUGAUACAAGCAAAUGUUUGUUUACGUUGUUGUAAAAAAAAAAGUCUCAAUGCAAUUAAAUAUUUAUCAAACGGAGUAUUUAUUCUGCGUCUGUGACACAAAUUCAAGACGUGUUGAAACAGUUUAUAUAACAUCUAUACAGCGAGAGAAAA